UCUCUCUCUCUCUCUCUCUCUCUCUCUCUCUUCUGCUGUCCUCCUCCUUUCAUCCCAAACCUUGGCCAAUUCACCUGUGCCAUCUGGGAGAUCUGAACUAAAUAGAUAUCUACAUACCUGGGCUUGUUUGUUUAGGUUCAGAAGAUCCUGUGCUGCAACUUCUGUCAGAAAGAUCUUGGAGGGGUUAAAGAGGAGGGAAGAAGAGAGCUGCUCCGGGAAUUAAUCACGAUGAGUCCAAGCUUGGCUGGGCAAUUUGGAGACACCACUUACACAAAGAUCUUUGUUGGGGGGUUGGCGUGGGAGACCCAGAGCGAGACAGUGAGGCAGCACUUUGAGCAGUUUGGGGAGAUCCUGGAGGCUGUGGUGAUCACCGACAAGAACACUGGAAGAUCCAAAGGCUAUGGAUUCGUGACGUUCCGCGAGCCGGCGGCAGCGACGAGAGCCUGCGUCGAUCCCUCGCCGGUGAUCGAUGGGCGGAGGGCUAAUUGCAAUCUUGCUUCACUGGGUGCUCAGAGAUCUCGGCCUACAACACCCCCCUAUGGAGGAAACAGGAGCUUUAGGGUGGUGAAAUCCUUUCAUACAGGAUACCAAGGUGGGAUGGGUGCAGCUUUUCCUUCUCCUGCCUCCUUCCCUCAUUAUGCCAUCCAACAUGGUGUCCCAUAUGGCCUCCUCUAUGGGUACUCUCCAUUCUCCUCGGACUACAGCUACCCAGCGGGUUAUUACAGUGUCUAUGGAGGUGCUACCGCACAGUAUCCAGUUUAUGGAGCAGCGGCUGGAAUAAUGACCGGAAACACUGCCUUCUACCCCUACUUCCAGUUCGGGCAAGGCAGCGGAGGGACGGCCACCGCAAUGGCGAGCGGACAUGGCUACAGCGUUCCCUAUCCACCGGUGCUCCACUACUCAGCAGUGGCCUCGACAGCGGGUUUGGCAGGGCUCGUGCAGCAUUUUGGAGGGCCAUUGUCCAUCGCACCAACUCCUCCUGCACACGCAGGCAUGACUAUGGCUCUCACACCUCCGGCGCUGUCAUCUCCGGCCACCUAUGCUCACCGGCUCAUUCCCGCCCCCUUCUCCGCCUCGACCGUGCCCGAGCAACCCUUGGCUUAACCAUGGUUCCAUUCUAUCUCAAUUCUGUCGGUCCUUCCCUACUCGUCAUCCUUCCUCAUCACUUUCUGUCAUGCACACAGUCAUCUCUUCAAGUUCAGUCCCAUGCGGGCUGAACCGAACAGUAAGAUCCAGAGUGCUUCCGGUCCAUCUAGUAAUGUGGGAUUCGGAGGACUCUCAUCUCGCAUUUUGCCCUCGGAUGAUGGGCUCACAGUGUCUGCUCCCAGAGGUGGGGAGCACUGACUCCAUUAGCCAACACUGCAUUCAAUGGCUCAAGUGCAUGGGCCCUGCUAACCCAAAGUCCAAGGAGGGCUUGAGCUAAAAAGAAGGAAAUGGAGAGCAAGGAGGCUCUGGUACAAAGAAGCUUUUCCUUGGAGUUUAGAUUUAGCUCGUGGAGCAAAAGAAAUCAACAGCUUGGUCAAACAUUUACCUGGCAUCAGCAUCUUCCACAUAAGUUGAGCAUCUGGCAAAACCCUAGUUUGUCUUCAGGUCUUAGCCUUUAUGAAUCCUCUCCAACCCAAGAAAACCUGCUUCUCUCUACCAUCUUUACCUAACAAUCCUGUAAUGUGAGAUCACAUGGUGAAAUCUACCACUCAGCUUAUCCAGGCAGGGACAAGAUGAUCUCACUAACCUUCCUACCCUGUCAGUAGUCUGUAUACUUCGAUGAGGCAUGGCUUUGAUGCCUUGGCCUCAUGUAGGACAGGUUGAAGGAGUGCUAAUGUUUGUUUUUGGCACUUAGCCCUACCCUCCUGUCCAUGAGUUCAGAUAAACUCCACAGGCUUUGGAGUUCUCUACCACCCUAUGGUCCCAAGGGUGGAUAUUUUUGGUCCCUUGGGUUCUGACUCCUCUUGUCACUCCUCCAACACCACCAUGGUUAGGUCCACCUCUCUCUCUCUCUCUCUCUCUCUCUCUCUCUCUCUCUCUCUCUCUCUCAUGUUUUGAUAUCCAGGAAGACUUUGAUGGUUUAAUAUGUACUUUUUGUAAAAACAUGGGCUGUCAUAUUUGACAAGAAUUGCUGAAGUUUGAAUGUAGUUUAAAUAUAAACUCUUCAUUUUCCUGUA